GCCUGGGUCUUUAUACCCCCCAAACACACACACAUUACACCCUCUCAUUCUGCUUUGUCAUUUGAACUGCUACUGGAUUCAUCCACAGGCAGAGGAAAGUUGCGUGUCCACUAACAAGCGAUGGAUCAUGAAGUAGACGCAAACAACAGUUUCAAGUAUUAGAGCCCGGCAAUGGAGGAUGACAGUGAUCCGUCGCCUGGUUUCGAACCUCUCGUCAUCCAAGAAGAGAACGGGGAUCCCGAGAGCAGCUGGUCCACUCUCUCUUUUACAAGGACGCGCUUCAGUCAGUCGUCUUUAAUGGGGCCGUACUUGCAGGAGAUGGACGACUUACUGAAGAGCUGCGAGGACCUCACCGUGAUCCCGCUCGAGCGAAACCCAGAAGAGAUGCUUGGCGAACAAGAAACAUCGCCGUAUUUUUCCACAAGCUGUACUGAGAAUACGAUGGAGACGACAGAAAUGUGUGUUCAACACCAGUCCCAAGAAGACAUGCCUAUCACGUUGGCGGGUAACAAACUGAGUGACACCAUGGUGCGGUACGAGGGUCAAUUGAUGGGUAUGUUGACCAUGCUGGAGAGCUGCAUGGAAGAGGCCGACAUCGAUUUCGAGGCGAGCCAAGAGUAUGUGCAUGUGGACAAAGGCAAGAACCUGCUGUCAGAAGGCCAGAGCAAUGGUCAACAGGAGUGUAAAGCCACUACAGACGUUUACAGUAAUGAUUCUUCAAUGGAUAUGUCUGAUAUGUCAGACUUUCACGUCCAACAACUGAAGUAUUCCGGAGUGGAUGAUGUCAAUGGCGUGGAAUUUCAGACAGAAUCCUUAGCGAUAGAUACCAGUGUUAUGAGUUUUGGAGUGGAUGGAUUCGAGGAACUGAAGUCUCAGAUGGAGGAGUGCAUCGAGGAGCUACAGCGCUUAGAGAGGAGGAGGAAGGAUUUACUGGCUGAGGUACUGCAGCUGAGGCGACAGAAAGCCCAAGAAGAAGAAGAAGAAGCAGAGGCUAACAUUUCAAGCAAAGUCACCAAGUUGAUGGCGGUGCUAAAAAAGGAGGAGGAGGAUCGGAGAGAGGAGAGGAAGAGGGAAGUGCAGAGCCUCAGGUCGGAACGGGCCGAAGAGGAACGGCGAGUGUGGAAGGCGGAAAUGGCGAGGCAGGAGUUGCAAGAUGAGAUGCGGAAACUGAAGAGGCAACUGUUCGCCAGGGCUAGGGAGAACGUGCACACCCAGGCGGCCCUCAACAAGAGACGCCAUGAAAUGGAUCUUCAGAAGAGAGAGGAGGAGAACCUUCAGACCUUGUUUCUGCAAAUGACCGAGGAGAACUCCCAGCUCAGGUCGGCCCACCAGCAACAUCUCCAAGACCUCCAAGAGAAGCUUUGCAUUCGCAGCACCAGCCACACCUUCAACGCGAUGCAGGAGGAUAUGUCUAAGAGGAACUCCUGCAGUGAUGUCCAGCAAUACCUGCAGGGCAGCCUGAAAGCUCUCGAGAACAGGUAUGAGCCCAUGUUGCUGGCCCUGCAGAAGAGAAAAGAGACAACAACGGGGGGUUUGGUGAAAGCCAAAGAGCAGACCCGGGACCUCAAGGCCCAGCUGGAACCCCUGCGGGAGGAAAUGCAUACGCAGGUGCUGCAAAGGGCUCGCUUGGAGGAGAAACUUAAACUUGUUCACAUACAGAGGAGGGAAUAUACCGGACACUACGAGGAGAGCAUCCGUUGUCUUGAGCGAAGCAGUCGAGAGCUGAAGAUGGAGUUGACGCUGCAGAAAAGAAAAAACAAAGAGGCAGCGGAGUUGAGAGACUGUCUUUCCAAGCAAAUCCUCCUUUAUAGGUCUGCUACUGGGGACCACCAGAAGUCUGAAGACCAAGAGGGAAAAUCAUUUACGCGGCUCUAGAUGAGUCUUUUUGAUAUGUAGAAGAAAAUAGAAAGCACUUUACACAUGUUUUUGAAUUGUUUAUAAAGGUAGUUUGGAGAAAUUUUCUUUUGUAUACAAACCUUCAUGCAAGCAAUGCCCUAAAGCGGUUGACAAUCCUCUUUGCCAUAAGAUGGACUGAGCUAAUGGGCCUUUUAGUCUACAAAGUGAGUGUUAUUUUGUAUAGGAGACAUAUUAUGCAUACAUUUCACUAUUUAAAACAGUUUCCAAGUGUCUUAAUAACAUAUUUUACAGUGGCACCUUGACUUCUGAGUUGAAUUCUUUCCAUGAGCAAGUGUGUGAUUAAAUUUUCUACAACAAACCAAUUUUCCCCAUUGAAAUGCCAUCAAUCUCUUACAGACGCCCCCAAAACACAACAUUUUUUUUUUACAAAAUCACUCUGCAAAAAAAAUAUCAUGUGAAAAUAUUACAUUUAUAAUAUGUAAUAAAAUGUAAUAUGUAUAAUAUUUCUUUCUCUUUGAUUUCUCCAUUUUUUUUUCAUUUUCAAAAACCCGUUUUCUUUGCAUUUUUCACCUUGCUUUCUUCACUUUCAGCAACUUUUCCAUCUUUCAUGGAGGUCUGGAGCUUGGAAAUUAUUUUAACACCCUUAGCUGGUGUUAUAGCCUUUAUCCACUCCUUCUGUCAAGUAUAAGUACUACCAAGUCGACUACACGCACACCUGACUCAUAUUUGUCACUGCUUUCAAGCUUUAAUUUAAUGGACGUCAUCCACUUCUUCUAAGAACAGUACACACUUUCUCAGGAUCCAUGGUGAGUGUUACAAAUUGCACAAACAAUGUGAGCACAAAACACAAAAGAUACCUGUACUUUCACUGUGAGGUAAAAAUUAAGUUUGGGCACUCAUAAGUGAAGGUAUCACUGUAUUAUAUAUCUUGUUUUGCUGAAAUCUGCCACGUUUUAGGCCCCUGUGUCGUGCAAAUGAGCCAGCCCACAUCCAACAGCAAGUCUGAAUUUUGUUAACAAGGCAACCAGGUGUGAAGACUGAGUUUUGCGAAUAUGGAGGCUUCGUCUUGAGUGCGCGCUGCAGCCGGCUGCUCGCUUCUACUUGCGGACGUAGACCCCAGAGUCUGGGCUCAUGGAGUCAGCGGUUCAUACACUAUAUUGUGUGUAUGCCCCAAGUGUCCCAAGUGCAAAUCAGCUUGCUCACAGACACAUUUUCUAUAACAAGGAAGCUAACCAAAGUUAUACUUGUUUUUUUUUAAUGUUAUUUUACACCUGAUGGGUUGGCAAGCGCUGCAGAGACACAACUAUUUGUAUACAUGCAAUUAAAAAGUACAUUUUCCAUAAUAUGUUCCCUUUAAUCACCUGCACACACGAAAUCCAAGUUAUUUGAGCACGCUGUAGCACAUACUUACUCACAGCUCGCAUUUCUUUAUGGUGUUUGUAUCCUUCCCAGCUCUACUUUCCACUGCUCCUUCUGAGGGUAUUUGCUUUGUAUCACUGGUGACUGUUACACAAACAAGAUACUACACAUGUUUGAAGACUGUGUGACACCCUCAGAUGUUGUGACAUGGUCAAGAAAAUGUUUGGGCUGAAAGGGUGGCCAGUGGUUCAUCCUAGAAAUUAAUGCAUGGCGCCAACAUUUUCACCUUUUUGUUAUCAUGUUAUCGUUGUUAUUCAAUGUCUUCUGUCUUUUGUAAUGCAGUUUUUAUGUGUAC